CAGCGAUUGGCUCUAUGAGGCCAGCCCCCCAAUCUCCGCGCUGCCAUUGGUUGACCAACUUCGGACACCCACCCGACAAUUGGCUAUUGUCAAUUCUCGUCUCGGAUUGGCUGAGGGAAGCGCUGGGGGCGGGAGGCGGGAAGUAUCCGGGAAGAUUCGCUUUCGAGGGUGUCAGGGCGAGCUGCGGAGCGGCAGCCGGGGACUGCCGGCGGAGCGGAGGAAGGAAUCUGAAACAAGCAAAAAAAGAAUUACAAUGUCUUCAACACUAUCUGAAUACGUUAUUGGUGGAGUGAAGAUUUACUUCCCUUGUAAAGCUUACCCAUCACAGCUUGCUAUGAUGAAUUCUAUUGUUAGAGGAUUAAACAGUAAGCAGCACUGUUUGUUGGAGAGCCCCACAGGAAGUGGGAAAAGCUUAGCCUUACUUUGUUCUGCCUUGGCAUGGCAGCAGUCUCUCAGUGAAAAGCCAGGAGAGGAGAACUUGAAUAAAAAGACUGAAGUACCCUUGCCAUGUUGUUGUAUAUGCCAUUUGCACGAUCCCACUAAUGAUAUCAGUAUUAAUGUGAACCAAGGAGCUUCAUGUUCUUUCACCAGUCCAAUCGUGACAUCUUCCAUGAAAAAUGAAAUCUCAACUUGCCAAGAAGACUCUACUCCAGAAAUCACACUUGCUGCGAAAUUAUCUGCCAAGAAACAGGCAUCUUUGCUUAGCGAUGGAAAGGAUGAUUUUCAAGUAGACAAGAAAAGGAUUCGUCCCUUAGAAACCAAGCAGCAGGUUAGAAAGCGUCAUUGCUUUGCGAAGGAUAUACAGAAUUUAGAUAUGAAAAUUGCACCAGAAAGGAUUGUGAAGCCAAACUCUCCACUGGGAAAAAAGAUAAUGUCUUCUCCACAAAAGCUUCCUGGUCCUUGUACUCGGUGUUCCUGUUCCAUUAAAAGUGGAAAAAGUCAAGAUGACGAUAAUAUAACAAAGAAAGAACAUGGGGGAAAAUGCAAGACACCUAAAAUAUUUUUUGGGACUCGUACACAUAAACAGAUAGCUCAGAUUACUAGAGAACUGCGGAGGACAGCAUACUCUGGGGUCCGAAUGACUAUUCUUUCUAGCAGGGAUCAUACUUGUGUCCAUCCUGAAGUAAUCGGUAAUUUCAACAGGAAUGAAAAAUGUAUGGAGUUGAUGGAUGGAAAAAAUGGUAGAUCCUGUUAUUUCAACCACGGUGUCCAUAAGAUUAGUGAGCAACAUGCUCUACAGACUUUCCCAGGGAUGGGCAGGGCCUGGGAUAUAGAAGAUCUUGUGAGCCUGGGGAGAAAGUUAAAGGCAUGUCCAUAUUAUGCAGCUCGAGAGCUAAUGUUAGAUGCUGACAUUGUGUUCUGUCCCUACAACUAUCUCCUGGAUUCACAGAUAAGGGAAAGUAUGGAUAUCAAUUUGAAAGAGCAGAUCAUCAUUUUAGAUGAAGCCCAUAAUAUUGAGGACUGUGCACGUGAGUCAGCCAGUUACAGUGUUACAGAAAUCCAACUUAGGUUUGCUCGAGAUGAACUAGAUGUCAUGGUCAGCAACAAUAUAAGGAAGAAAAACCAUGAACCCUUGCGAGCUGUUUGCUAUAGCCUCAUAAAUUGGUUACAGGAAAACUCUAAACAUCUUGUAGAAAGACAUUAUGAAUCAUCCUGUAAAGUGUGGAGUGGAAGUGAAAUGAUCUCUCACUUCUAUAAAAUGGGCAUAACUGCUGCUACCUUUCCAAUAUUACAGGGACAUUUUACUGCUGUCCUUCAAAAAGAAGAAAAAAUUAUGACCAUUAAUGGUAAAGAGCAAAUCAGAGAAAUACCUGUUGUUAGUCCCUCGACUCAGAUUAUGCUCAAAGGACUGUUUAUGGUACUGGAUUAUCUUUUUAGGCAGAAGAGCAGGUUUGCAGAUGAUUACAAAGUCGCUUUACAGCAAACUUACUCUUGGACAAGCCAGAUUGAUAUUCCAGACAAAAAUGGUUUCAUUGCUUUACCUAAAAAUAAGAAACAUUCUAGACAAAAAAUGGCAGUAAAUGUACUAAACUUUUGGUGCUUGAAUCCAGCUGUGGCCUUUUCGGAUAUUAGUAGUAAUGUACGGACGAUUGUUCUGUCAUCUGGUACUCUUUCACCAAUGAAAUCUUUUUCAUCUGAACUUGGUGUGACAUUUACUAUCCAACUAGAGGCUAAUCAUGUCAUUCAGAACUCACAGGUUUGGGUUGGCACUAUUGGGUCAGGCCCCAAGGGCCGUAAUCUCUGUGCCACCUUCCAGCACGCAGAGACCUUUGCAUUCCAGGAUGAAGUUGGAGCACUUCUCUUGUCCGUAUGCCAAACAGUGAGCCAAGGGAUUUUGUGCUUCUUGCCAUCUUACAAGUUAUUGGAUAAAUUAAAAGAACGUUGGAUACACACUGGUUUAUGGCAUAAUCUUGAGCUAGUGAAGACAGUCAUCACGGAACCACAAUGGGGACAGAAAGCUGCAUUUGAUGAAGUGUUACAAUUGUACUACAAUUCGAUCAAGUGUAAAGGAGACCGAGAUGGUGCCCUCCUUGUGGCAGUUUGCCGAGGUAAAGUGAGUGAAGGUUUGGAUUUCUCAGAUGAAAAUGCCCGUGCUGUCAUAACAAUAGGAAUUCCAUUUCCAAAUGUGAAUAAUCUUCAGGUUGAAUUAAAGAGAAAGUACAACGACCAGCAUUCAAAACUAAGAGGUCUUUUACCUGGACGCCAGUGGUAUGAAAUUCAAGCUUAUAGGGCGCUGAACCAGGCACUCGGCAGGUGUAUUCGGCAUAAAAAUGAUUGGGGAGCUCUUAUUUUAGUUGAUGAUCGCUUCAGGAGAAACCCAGAUCAAUAUAUAUCUGGACUUUCCAAAUGGAUUCGGCAACAGAUUAAGCACCAUGAAACUUUUGAGAGUGCAUUGGAGUCCUUGGCUGCAUUUUCUAAAAAGCAUCAAAAAGUCAUUGAUGUGUCAUCCCCAAACAGUAGCGAGUCUGAACAAGAAGUGGCCUGUUUAAAGGAUGAGUCCUCGACAUCUUUAUUAGAAUCAACAAUUCACCCAUCACCAAAUGUUCUUGGAGAAGAUGAACGGAAACCUUUUGUCCAGGAGCUUCAGACUUCUACAAUGAUGGCUGUGGAGCUCAAACUACACAGUCACCCAAGUAACAUCAUCACAGCCCAGAAUAAAAAUGAUUCAUUAUUGUUGGAAUAUUCUCCACAGAAAAUAAAGAGGGAAAAAUGUUUAAUAUCAAGAUCCACAAGUCCAACCUUCAGUAAACAAAUAGAAAGGAAUAGCUGUCCUGAAUCUGACUCUGUGAAGAGAUAUUUUACCCCUAAGUUGCUGACUUCCAUACCUGUGUGCACAUUUUCAGAGAACCAUGACAUCAGUCCUGUCCCUUCCAAAGAGGAAAAGAGGGAAAGUACAGUCGGUCUGUCUCUUGCUAAUAGAGGCCAGUCCUCGUCCCUGUCAGGAAACAUACCAUUUGGCCCAGGUCCACAGUCAGAAAGCAUUACUUCAUUGACCAAUACUGUUAGUAAAAAAGAUCCUGCUGAACAGCUACUCUACCCUGAAGAAGUCCUGGAUCCAGACUUCGAUCUUAGUCCUGUACAUGGAGAAGCUGAAUUUUCCAAUGUUAAUGUAGAUAUUGAAACAACAGAAGAAGACGAAUCUGUCUAUUUCACACCGGAACUUUAUGAUGAUACAGAAUCAGACGUAGAAGAAAAUGAAGAGCUACUUGAAACUGGUGGAAUAAAUCAGAGGACUGAAAAUUCAGAUUACAUUAUAGCAGAAAACCUUUUGGAAAUUGGUUGUACCAAAGGAAUGGGUUCAGAUCACACAGACAUGAAGUUGAAUAGAAUCAUGCAAAAUGAAGAACAUAAAGUUGACGACAUUAGUAAUAAUGUAAAGGCAGCAAAUAUACAUGAACAGGAGCUGGAAAGAACUCAGGAAAUGGACACCAUAGGUAACAUCAGCACAUGACCACCAUACUGUUUAAGGUUUCUGGACCAAACCUCAGUUUAAAUGAUUGCUCUACAUCUGAUAAAUGAUAUAGAUGCUUCCAAAAAAGAGCAGGCGGCCUCGUUUUCAAGCUAAGUUUUCAUCACUGUUUAAAAUGGCAUCUGAUUUUUCUAUUUGAAAGGGCAUAUUAUGCUAUUCUCCAGUUUGUUUUUUGAAGUGAUACACACAAAAUAGUUCCUUCCAGAAAAUCUUUCUUGUCAAAACAGAUUCCAUAUUUAUCAUGGUAAAGAAUAUGUGGGUUUUCUUAGCCUGCCUCCAAUUUCACUUCAGCACUGAAAUCUUGUAAUCCCCUCCUUCUCUUAUUUCAUAUUUACAUACAAAGUUCAGAGAGUACCUCUAUCGGGGAUGUCAGUCCUGAUUCACUUGUUGAUUUUACCAUACACCAUGUAAUAGUCCUCUAGUAUGCCCUUAAUUAGCUUCCUCUCUCUUUAAAGUUCAUAUCAGAUUCUUUGGCCAGCUUGUGAUAAAUUUAAAAUAGCAGUUAAGUUACUGCAUGUACUUUUAAUUAAAACUUAUUUUACCUUCUUUGCAUGAUAAGCUGAAACCACUAGAAUUUGUAAACAAACUUUUGUAGCAUCACAUCGAGCCAAAUGACUAACCCUAACAUGUUCAGGCAGGCUGAAAAAUGAGCCAAAAGAUAAGAGUACAAUUGAAAUGUGCCCCCUUGUGGCCACAUCAACAUAGUCUGUUAUUUGUUGCUGCCCUCAUUUCUAGUAGUCCAAAAAUGCAGUCCAAAAAUGUCUGUGAAUGAACAUUUAUUCCUCACCAGAAAUAGUUAUUGAAAAAUAUGCUUUGCUAUAUCAUCAUUCUGAAAACACAUUAACUUUUUUAUAGGAAGUAUCCUUUCAUUGGAUAGAUGAUGAUCAUAGAAUUUAGAUUGUGUCAGGACCAUGAAGAUCAUCUGGUCCAGGCCCUCUCAUUUUAAAGAUAAGGAACUGAGGACUAGCGACCUUAAGUGAGCAACCCAAGACCACACAAGUUUUAAGUACCAGAGCUGGGAUUCAGAUCCGGUUCUUUUGGUUCCAAAUCCACUGUUGUUUUUCCCACCAUGCUAUAUCAUACCACUCUUCCUCUCAUCAUUGAAAUUGAAAGUGCCUUUCAGAUCAUGUUUGUGUUUUCUGAUAUCUUACAGAGCAAACCAGUAGAUUUCUUAUCAAGAAAUGGGAAGUUAUACAUACCAGCUUUAAACAUAGUUCAAAGAGAUAUGAUUUUAUUGUUCACCAAUUAAAGGUUUUGGAUUCCCAAAAUAAUUCCUCUUGAUACCUUGUGUUUUCCUUUUAUUUAUCAUUGGCAAUUGACUACAAACAAUAGAUUGAAAGUAAUUUUUGUAAUCAUAGGAUCAUGAUUUUUAGAUCUGGAAGGAUCCUCAGACCCAAUUCAAUCCCAUCAUUUUACAAUGAGGACCCUGAGACACAGAGAAGUUAAGUGACUUGCCUAGGUCAUGUAGGAAGUAAAUAGCAGAGAUGAGAUUUGAACAUAGAUCCACUCACUCAAAAUCCUGUAAACUUUCCACUCUACUGAAUAAAUUAAUAUAUGUUAAGCUUGAAAAACUUAAAGCACAAGUCACUUCUCUUUAAGCCCUUUUCACACAUUUGUAAAAUUAGGAAUUUGAACUUAGUUAUCUCUAUGGUUUUUUCUAGCUGUUAUAUUCGAUUCAGCAGACAUUUAUUAAGUGCUUGCUGAGUACAAAAAAAAAAUCACAUAUUUUACAAGGAAUGAAUUUAAAUUGGAUUUUGACAGAUUCUUAAAAAACAAAUAUACUCAAACUUAUAAUACACAUUAAUUCUGUCCCAGCAGAACAGACCCUAAGGUAAGCUGUCCUUUAUCUCAAUAAUUCUGCCUUUACUCAAAGUUUGCUUGGAUCGCCUAUUUAGGAAUUGCCUUGGAGCUGGUUUAUGAGAUCCACAAAAUCAAUUCCAUUACAUUAUAAGCAAUGCUAAUUCUUGACCCCAAGCAAAAAUUUAAUCACUGAUCUUCUUUAAUAGAUGAUUGAUUUGAGGCUGUUUCCCCCCCAAAAUGAAAAUUUUCCUUCUUAGAGACUAUUCAGAUGUGUGUUCCCAUAGGCUAUUAAGAGGAAUUCUGACUACUUCUGGAGCAACGACAGUCUUCUGAGAGCCAGUGUAUGUACUAGCUCCUAAGGUGACAGACAUCACUCUUUUGGAAGUAUAUUGCAGGUGUCUUUAUUGAAAAGCAAUCACGUUGCUUUGUAUCAAUGCCUUAUAGUGAUCAUAAAGUCAUAGAAAUUAGAGAAAGAAGGGACUCUGAAAGUCAACUAAUAGCAACUCUUCACCUUACAGAGGAAGAAAGAAAGCCCCGUGGUUAUGAUCCAGGGUCAGUUCCUAGCUGAGCUGGGAUGAGAACCCAAGCCUCCUGACUGAGUCCAAUGCUCUUGUACUACCCCAUGCUGCAUGGAGAUCAUAGUGAGGGCAUUUGUAGCAUGCUUGUAAAAAUGUCAUCACCAUUCAUAGGGUCCUAGAACUUAAGACUUGGAAGAGGUCUUAGGACUGAUUGCAUGCCCUCACUUAUUUAAAACUCAGUAUAUGAAAUAUAUGGACUUUGAAGACUGCUAAAUUAGUCUCAGAUUAUUUGCCAUUCUAAAGGACUCUCAAUUCUCAAAUAGAAUUAUACCAUGUUCCUUUAAAAGUGAAUAUUUAAAACAUGAUUUAAAUAACAAGAAUUUGACUUGCAUGCAACUCUACCAAUAAAUAUUGAGAAAAGUGAAAUAGACUUUUUACAGUGGAAAGAGCACUAAAUUUGAAAGCCUUAGUUCCUUAGUUCCUUCAAAUCCCAGUUCUGCUAUAUAAUACCUAUGUGUGAGGUACCUUCAGCUAGUUACCUAUCAUCUCUGGGCCUUACCUUCUUCAUCUGUAAAAUGAGAGGAUUGGACAAAUUCCAGCGCAGAUCUAGAUCUGUGAUUAUCCUGGCUUUGCUUAAAGACCUGCAUCUAUUUCUUAAUAACCAGCCUAUUAUUUGGUGUUCCAUGCCAAAUAAAAGCAAUAGUCACUAAUCUCACUUGGUUGCUAUGUAUUAUUCAUUGCUCUUCAAUCUGGUAAGUUGUAAUGGUUUUUGUGAAAUGGGAUUAACAAAAAAAUUCCAAAUGUUGGUAAACCAUGGAGCUCCUUUAUCAUGAUAGCUCUUGGAGCUAGCUGUUUUUACUGUUUAGGUUGCUGCCCUUUGGGAGGGGGUGGUAGAUAGGGGAUGGGAAAGUUAGUUUUUGUAGUAUUAGGUACAAUUUUUAGGUCCCCAAAUGCUUAAAUAAGAUAUUGUUAUUUUACAUGUAUGUUACUUAUAUAUACCAAUAUCUUAUAUAAGCAUUGUUAUCAGGGAUAUACAGUUUAUACUGGUGAACAUAGGCCUUAUUUUGCAUGGUCCUAAGGAUCUCUCUUGUCAUCUUCUAUAGAGCUGAAAGAUUAAAACUGAAAAAUUCACUGGUUGAAAUAAAGCAGUUAGCCAAGUAUACUAGAAAAGGGUGUUCUUUUACUCUUUAAAUAGCACCAAGAAAGCAAAUGCUUACUUAUAGUAAGAGAAAGAAUAGCUUUUAUUGAGGAUAACUUAUUGCUUUGUAAACUAUAUACAAAUUAUAGCUAUAUGCAAAUUAUAGGAAGACAGGCUGAUUUAUUUUAGAGUGAUAUAGAGGAUAUAUAAGAUAAAAUAGUUGUUUUUCAGAUAACUUGCACUCUAUAUACUCAUUAUAUGUAAAGUAACCAUCUGAUCUUGAAUUUAUUCAAGGCCUGAAAGUAUUUAGAGCAUACAGACAAAGAACCCGGAAAGCUAUCCACUGGAGAAAGGGCUUCAUUCAUGGAAGGAAGGUACAAUUGUAGAGUAAAGGUUAGAUGUCUUAAUAUUGGAAUCUUAGGGUAAAACAUUAUACCAAAUUUCUUAGGAUGUGUGCCUAAAAUAAAUAACUGCUCUUUUGCUUUUGUUCCUACUGAAUAUAUUUGAUUAUCUUGGGUUGGUUGGUUUGUUGUUUUUAAUUGUCAUCAGAAUGAAGCUUUAUUUUUAAAUCUUCCUUAAGAAUUUUAUUCUACACUUGCCCAUUAAUUCAUAAGACAUUAUCAUUAUAAGGCCUCUUUAACAACAUGGUUCUUACGUGGUAUUUUCCUGCCAUAAAACACACUCAAAAUAUUCAGUCUUUGAGAAGAUGUUAUAAAGAUAUUCCAUCAAGCUGAAAUUAUUUAGUAUGUGAUGACUUAAGAAAGUUGUUUUAUCUUAUGCCCAUUUAAUCCAUCAGAGUGAUGGCUUUCUUCUUAUACUUGAUUACCACACUUUUGUUUUCCAGUUCUGUUCAGCUACCCACCUACUUCAAAUAUCUUUUGUUUAAGCAGAAAGUUUACCUAAACCUGCAUGAAUUUCUGCUUUUUAUUUCUUGUCCUCUAAUCAUAUUUAACUAUGAUAAUUUACUAAGUGUGGUUAAAUGUAUGUCUGUAUAGGAAAGCACUAUCAGAAGAUAAAUCCUUAAAAGGAUCCCAAAAUAUGGAUCAAAAGAGAGCUGAACAGUCAGAAAACCAGUGAAGAACAAUGCUAUGGGGAAUAUAUAUUGCACAUGAUCCUUUAUCACAUAAGAUUUUUCUCUAUCUACAAAAAAAUUUGUUUCUUAAGAUUUCUUUUGAUAGAACCAUUAGCUGCUUGGCUUCCUGUGUUAACUACAAUGAAGCCUUGUUAUAACAUCCAUGGGGUUUAUGCCAGUGGAUCACCUUAUUGGUGAGACCACCUAAUAAUGAGGUACUUUCAGUAACUAAACCCUCUUGGAUGGAGUCCAAGACAAUCUACCUUAUACCGAAUUCCUCUCUGUAACAAACUGUUGUAGUCAGAUUCCAGUGUAUUUUGGGAGGGGAAAGGACUGAGAGAAACUUGUGGUUCUCAGAACCUUAACCUUUGAAAGUGAAUGUUGACCUAGAUUGGUUUCUCAGAAAGCUGUUAUAUAACACUGAGUCUUCCCAAAGGUCUCCACAAAGAUGCCUGUCAAAACCUACUCAAAGACCUUCUAAAUUUCAUUUUCCUAAUGAUCAUGGUCCUUUAUCUGUUUACUUAUUUUUUUUUGUUAUUAAAAAUAAGACAAGUCGUGAAGCAAGGUAGGACAUUUGCAAACUGUGGUUGGAUUAAAAAAACAAGGUGAACAUUUAUCUGAGUAAAUGCUCUUGUCAGUAAGAUAUAAUUGGACAGAAUGUCCUUUACAAUAAAGUGCUAAAAUGUA